AUGACAUCUGUUUCAUCGGUGGCUCUGACGAUCCUGAGCUUGCUUUCCAUAGCAGCGUUGAUAUGUGGCGGAGAAACCCUGCCAUCAGCUUGCCCAGACAGCAAACUUGACGCGAAGGUCCGCCGGCGCAUCACUGAAGAGGUUCACAAGCGGAUGCGCGACGGGCAAUACGAUUGUGAAUUGGAAAAAUUGGCUUUGAAGUACUUCGACAAUAAAGGACACCGGAACACACUUUUCCAUGGCAGAAAUAUCACAAAAAGGUCGUUUAGAAGGGACUUGAAGAGUUACAACAGAGCCCUCUGGUUCUUCCAAGAUGCUGCAGGCGAAUGGUGGAAAGAAUUUCCGGAAUGGUACCACAGAGACAACUACGGUUGCUAUUUUGUCAAGAGGGACACCGUAAUCAAAGUUGUUUGUCUUUUUGCUUAA